GCGCUUACUAAAGCACGCUAACCCGAUCAGGUAAUGCCUUCACAGAGGGCCUGAGCGCUUUUGGCCAAAUUUUGUGUGGCGUUGUCGUUCGUCGCUUCCUAAUUCGCGCAACGCGGUACCAUUCGUCACCAACACCGAUUACGCCAAAGAUACCCUCAACUGUCCUUGGAAAUUGCAGUUGGUUCUGCGUAUAAGUCUCUGCUACUGACAGUGAUGCUACAUACCCCUUUACGUUGCCCCGAUCCUGAGUCAUUAACCUCGACAUUGGCAAACCUCCUUAACUUCCCUCCCCGUGACGGCCAGGUAGAAGCAAUACGGAGACUCGCUGUAGACCAGCAGGAUCUAAUCCUAAUUGCACCUACAGGAUGGGGCAAGAGCGCUGUAUUCCAGGCGGUUCCGGCCUUGCGGGGCGGCAUUUGCCUCAUGAUUAUGCCCUUAAACCUGCUUGAAGAGGACCAGGCCAAGUCUAUUUCUCGAAUACCCUGCUGCCGGCCUUGCGUAUUAAACGCCCAGUCGAACAAAGCCGCGUUGCUCAACGAGAUCCGAAUCGGCAAAUACACGCACGUGCUUCUGAGUCCAGAAAUUGCACUGUCAGAGCGAUUUAAGACGGAGGUCCUAUAUGAUCAGGCCUUCCAAGACCACCUCGUGUUGGUGGCCAUCGACGAAUUACACGUGGUCAGCGAGUGGGGUCUGCAUUGGAGGAAUCGAUAUAGUCAAUUGGCGUUGUUGCGUCACACGGUUAGUAGACGCGUGCCUUGGUUUGGUUGCUCUGCGACACUCGAUCCAGUUACGUUGGCUGAGGUUCGAGAUCUCAGUGGGUUCGAUCCUUGGGUUCACAUUCAACGGACCUCCAUUGACAGACCCGACAUAACAUUCGCAAUUCAACCAAUUCAGCAUCCGGCAAACAGCUUCCGCGAUCUAGAGUUCCUUGUUAAACCGGUACAGGGAGCAACCGAGGAGGCUGUCAUGAAGAGAAGGGAGAAUAGGGCAAGAGAGGCUUUCAAGCGUGGAGGUGGGGUGAGUGCUGCUCAGGCAGUAUUAGCCAGCACUCGACAUCAACGGAUGGAAGCAGGAUCCGACAGCCGUGCCUGUUGCAAGGCAAUUCUGAAGACCAUAGUCUAUGUCGACUCGAUAACGCAGAUCAUGAAGGCGGUCAGGGUGCUGAGAAUGCUCCUGGUUAGAGCAGGUUGCUCAGGGAUGGCUGCCAUUGACGCCGUCCAGGCAUAUCAUUCACAGCUUUCAGACUCCGAUAAGAGGCGUAUAGCUACGGAGUUCGAAAAGACGGACUCAGAGAGCGUCUCGGAUAGCUCAAUCCAUCGUGUCAUCGUUGCCACAGACGCCAUGGGAAUGGGUAUUGACAAUCCAGAUGUCCGGCUCGUCGUUCAGUGGGGCGUCCCAGCGAGCAUGGGUGCUCUAUUGCAGCGAGCAGGCCGAGCCGCACGAGGUACGGCAAUCUUGGGUGACUUCGUGUGGUUAGUUCCGCCCUGGUGUUUUGGGGAAAGGACAGAACACUUAUCACUUCGGUCCAUCAAGAAGCGCACCUCGGAGCACGAGAAGCGAUCCGCUUUACCACGAGGCAUAUGGGAGGUAAUCAAUCGUUCAACUUGUAUCCGGAGAGGCAUCCUUGAGUUCUUCGGAGAGAACUGCUCAUCAUGGACUCGUCCGGCAGAGACAGCUUCUUGCUGCGCCAAAUGUACAGGUUACGAGGUCAGGUUACCUACCAGCAAGGCAGGACAGCUUGUUAGGGUUGUUCAAUCCCAAAAGCACGUCACGGAAGCGGUGAAAUUGGCAUUGGUCGAGUGGCGAGAGGCAAAGGCCGCAGACGUAUUGUCUUCAACGCUUAUGACAGAUGCGCUAGCCGAGCUUCUCCUUCCGGAUAAAGCUGUAACCAUGAUAUCAAGGACGGCUGCAACGGUUACUUCUAUCGCUUCAUUAGCACACGCAGUGAACGGGGAAUGGAGUGAUUUGGCUUCGUACGGAAAGGAGGUCCUCGACGUCACACAGAACGCGUGCCUUUGGGCAACACUCCAAAAGCUCAAACUUAGCAGGUAAAAUUGUGAGAC